CCCGUCACGUUCUAAAUUCCACUAGUUGCUAUCGGUCGUGUCAAAAAUUUCACGAAUUUAUCUAUUAUUAUCGAAUCGCUGAUUUAGAAGUCCAUUAAAAUGUUGAGCAAGUCUUUCGCCGGCGUUUUUACCCUCGCAUACUUGGCCGUCUCUGGAAUCUUCGCCGAUGAGGCACCAAAGGUCUCUGGCGCCGUUGUCACUCUCGGAGCCACUACUCUUGACCACAUAACCGUUGAUGACACUACCGCUGGCAAGGUUGUCUAUACCGCACACAGUGGCUAUGCCGUCGAGAAGGUUGUUGAUGGUGACAAGGUUGUCAAGGCCUUCGACUUGAAGGUAGAUGCUCCAAGGUCCGUGACCACUCACUUGAAGGAGGACAAGCACUAUCUUACUGUCUGCGUUGUCCCUGCUCUUCACCUCGCCUUCAAGAAGGAGGGUGAUGCCUGGGUUGAGAUGCCACUUGCUGACCUCUACGAGCAAGUCUUGUUCAAGGGCCGUGAGGAAGUUGUCGGUGACCUCGACAAGCAUGAGGACACUGCCCUCUUCGGCUCUGAGGCCUUCGGCUCUGGCAAGAAGCACACCUUCACCGCCACUGGCAAGAAGAUCAGCAAGGUUACCUUUGGUGACCAUGUCCUCGUCGAUGGUAGCUACGAAGUCUUCCUUGGCCUCACUGUCUAUGCUCAUGGUGACAAGAAGGUUGCUACCGUCUGGUACCUCUACAAGCCAGAUGCCAGAAUCAAGGAAGUAUUCUUCGAGAAGGCUGGUGAUUCCUGGGUCAGAGUUGAUGUUACUGCCGCUGCCAAGAUCCUCAACGGCAUAAACCCAAGCUUCUCUGCCGACUACAAGACCCAAUACGAUGGGUUCUCCGUCUAUGGCGUCUUCUCUGCCGUUGCUGUUGUCUUUGCCGUUGCUUUGUUCUACUAAGCGCUGCGGAUAGGAAUAGUUCCUAUUUGUGGAAUUAUAAAUUAAGUUUUGGUGCGUGU